GAGGAACAUCUGAUUUUUAUUUUGAACAAUCAUACAUCUGUUAAUAGUCUGUUCCCAAUGUCGUAUUACAUGGUCCGAUUAUAAAUAACAGUAGCAGCACAAAUGAGAGUAAUCAUAACCGGCAGACUCUCAAUUCACACAUUUCCCACUUCAAUUUCCACCCCUACUUGUCUCAUCCCCAACAAAUUUGUGAAGAACACCAAUUCAAUUUCUCACAAUUUCAGUAAUCCCCUCAGAAACAACAAUAAGAACACAAGAUACAGAAUCUUAUUAGGGUGUAAGAUGGGAGAGAGUGCAGGGACAUCUAUGGAGGUCAAACCUGGUCAAAUGGUGUACGAACCGAUUCUUGAAGAAGGUGUUUUCAGGUUUGAUUGUUCGGCUGAUGCUAGAAACUCAUCGUUUCCCAGUCUUUCUUUUGUUAAUCCCAAAGAACGAGACACACCCCUUGUACAUAUUCACAAAACUCCAUCAUACAUCCCGACUUACGAAUUCGUAGCCGAUCAACAAAUUGUGUAUUUUGAGCUUCCGGCAGGAACCUCAUUUUAUGGAACAGGGGAAGUUAGUGGACAGCUUGAAAGAACAGGCAAAAGGGUAUUUACAUGGAAUACUGAUGCAUGGGGGUAUGGAAGUGGAACAACAUCGUUAUACCAAUCGCAUCCAUGGGUUCUCGCUAUUCUUCCUAACGGAGAUGCGUUAGGGAUUCUCGCUGAUACGACAAGACGUUGCGAGAUUGAUCUGCGUAAAGAAUCGACAGUAAAGCUAAUAGCCUCUUCGCCUUAUCCUGUGAUUACAUUUGGUCCGUUUGCGUCCGCAACCAAUGUUUUGACAUCGUUGUCACACGCAGUUGGAACUGUUUUUAUGCCACCAAAGUGGUCACUAGGAUAUCAACAGUGUCGUUGGAGCUAUGACUCUGAUACGCGUGUCCGUGAGAUUGCCAAGACAUUCAGAGAUAAAGGUAUACCAUGUGAUGUCAUAUGGAUGGAUAUUGACUACAUGGACGGCUUUCGAUGUUUCACAUUCGACAAGGAGACUUUUCCUAAUCCAAAAUCUCUAGCGAAUGAUCUUCACGCUGCCGGUUUCAAAGCUAUUUGGAUGCUUGACCCCGGGAUCAAGCAUGAAAAAGGAUACUUCGUUUACGAAAGUGGAUCAGAGAAAGACAUAUGGGUUCAAACAGCAGACAGAAAGCCUUUCGUUGGAGACGUAUGGCCCGGACCGUGUGUUUUCCCUGAUUUUACUCAAGAGAAAGCUCGUACAUGGUGGGCUAAUUUAGUCAAAGAUUUUAUAUCCAACGGUGUGGACGGUAUAUGGAAUGAUAUGAACGAACCAGCUGUUUUCAAGUCGAUAACAAAAACGAUGCCUGAGAGUAACAUUCAUAGAGGCGAUACUGAACUCGGUGGUCAUCAGAAUCACUCGCACUAUCACAACGUUUACGGCAUGCUGAUGGCAAAAUCGACGUACACAGGGAUGAAAUUAGCUAACCCAAAUAAACGCCCGUUUGUUCUUACGCGCGCGGGGUUUAUCGGUAGUCAGAGGUAUGCUGCCACGUGGACAGGGGAUAAUCUUUCUACUUGGGAACAUUUACAUAUGAGCAUUUCUAUGGUGCUUCAACUGGGGCUUAGUGGUCAACCGCUUUCCGGGCCAGACAUUGGUGGCUUUGCGGGCAAUGCAACGCCCAAGUUAUUUGGAAGAUGGUUCGGUGUUGGAGCUUUGUUUCCGUUCUGUCGUGGGCAUUCCGAAAAGGGAACCACUGAUCAUGAGCCUUGGUCCUUCGGGGAAGAGUGCGAGGAAGUUUGUCGGUUGGCACUAAAGAGGCGGUACCGCCUUAUACCACACAUAUAUACACUUUUCUACUUGGCACAUACAAAAGGUUUACCUGUGGCAACACCUGCUUUUUUUGCUGAUCCCAAAGACCUCCAAUUAAGAACAAUUGAAAAUUCUUUCCUGUUGGGGCCACUUCUUGUAUAUGCAAGCACCGUGAGUGAACGUGGGGUGCAUCAAAUGCAGCAUGUGUUGCCUAAUGGCACUUGGAUGAGUUUUGAUUUUGAAGAUUCGCAUCCCGAUUUACCGGCACUGUAUCUGCAAGGCGGAUCGAUUAUACCGUUUGGUCCACCUCAUCAACAUGUUGGUGAAGCUAAUCUAAAUGACGAUCUUUCGUUGCUUGUCGCUUUGGAUGAAAAUGGUAAAGCUGAGGGUGUUUUCUUUGAAGAUGAUGGUGAUGGCUACGGAUAUACUAACGGAGGUUAUCUCCUAACAACAUACAUAGCUGAGCUCAAAUCUUCGGUUAUAACCGUUAGGGUUUCCAAGGCUGAAGGAUUGUGGGCGAGGCCAAAUCGCCGCUUACAUGUACACCUAUUAUUAGGUGAAGGAGCUAUGGUCGACGCAUGGGGUAUUGAUGGAGAAGAUCUGCAGAUCGUUAUGCCCUCAGAAAACGAAGUGUCGAAACUAAUUUUUGCUAGCAAGAAUAAUUACAAGACCCGCAUGGAAACCGCAAAGCUUAUUCCGGAUGUUGAGAAGCCGUCUGGACCUAAAGGGGUUGAGCUUUCGAGAAUUCCUGUCGAAAUUAAAAGUGGUGAAUGGGCCCUCAAAGUGGUCCCUUGGAUCGGAGGCCGAAUUAUAUCUAUGGACCACCUUCCUUCAAAAACUCAAUGGCUUCAUAGUCGGGUAGAAAUGAACGGGUAUGAAGAAUACAGUGGUACUGAGUACCGUUCCGCUGGUUGUACGGAACAAUAUACUGUUCUUGAUCGAGAUCUUGAGCAGGCGGGAGAGAUUGAAUCUCUAAAAAUGGAAGGUGACGUUGGAGGCGGAUUAGCUAUUGAAAGAAAUAUAUCGAUCUCACGAGAUAACCCGAAAGUUUUUAAUAUUGAUUCGAGCCUUGUAGCGUGCAAUGUUGGUGCUGGUUCCGGAGGGUUUUCAAGGCUUGUUUGUUUAAGAAUACAUCCAACAUUUAGCCUAUUGCACCCAACCGAAUCUUACAUCUCAUUUACCUCCAUCAACGGGUCCAAACAUGACGUAUGGCCAGAAUCCGGCGAGCAGCUAUAUGAAGGAGAUCUCCGUCCCAACGGUGAAUGGAUGCUUGUUGACAAAUGCCUUGGGUUGGGUUUGGUCAACAAAUUCAACAUUGACCAGGUUUACAAGUGUCUUAUACACUGGGAUUUUGGGACUGUAAAUUUGGAGCUUUGGUCGGAAGACAGGCCCGUUUCGAAGCAAUCUCCUCUUCGUAUUUCUCACAGUUACGAAGUUAUGCAGAUUCGGUAGUGUUUCGUUGUUAUGGCGCAGUAUGUACCUGCUGCCUCUAGUGUUGUACUUAACUAGAUACUGGAUGUAAUGAUUCCUGAAUAAGUGCUCUAUAUCUCCUUGCAUUGCAAUAAUAAUUGAUAUUGAGCCUUAAAACA